CCCCCGCGCCCCCCCCCGCGCCCCCCCGCGCCCAUGGCGGCCCUGGCCAGCUCGCUGAUCCGGCAGCGCCGGGGGGGCCGGGAGGUGCCCCCCCCCCGCGCGGCCGGCCCGCCCCGCCCCCCCGGCGCCCCCCCCCCGCCCCCCCUCCCUCUGCCAGCAGCAGCUGCGCGGCCUCGUCGCCAAAGUCCGGGGCUGCGGCCGGCGGCGGCGCGCGGGGGGGGAGGGGCCGCCCGAGCCGCAGCUGCGGGGGGCGCUGGCGCGGCUGCGCUGCGGCCACGGGCACUUCCUGCACAUGGGCCCCGACGGGCGGCUGGACGGCACGCGGGAGGAGGCGGGGCCGGGCACGCUGUUCAACCUGAUCCCGGUGGGGCUGCGCGUCGUGGCCAUCCAGGGCGCCGGCGCCGGGCGCUACGUGGCCAUGAACGGGGCCGGCCUCGUCUACGCCUCCGUGCACUUCACGGCCGAGUGCCGCUUCAAGGAGUGCGUCUUCGAGAACUACCACGUGCUCUACGCCUCGGCGCUCUAUCGGCAGCGGCGCUCGGGGCGCGCCUGGUACCUCGGCCUCGACCGCCACGGCCGCCCCAUGGCCGGGCACCGCGUGCGCAAGGACAAGGCGGCCGCCCACUUCCUGCCCCAGCUGCUGGAGGUGGCGCUGUACCGGGAGCCGUCCCUGCACGAGGUGGAGGAGCCCCCGGGGACCCCCACUGAGGCCACGUGACCUCUGACCCCGACCUGUGACCUCUGACCCGAACAUGUGACCUUCGACCCUGAACCUGUGACCUCUGACCUGUGACCUCCGCAAACACAACCCCCACCCCCACCCCCCGGCCCCCCCUGCACUGACACCCCGGGGGGGGCCCCUCCCCCCCCCCCCAGGGCACGUGAGGGCACGAGCCCCCCCCACGCGCCUCACAAACCCCGCCCCCUUCCGGCUGGCCCCGCCCCCUUCCGGCUGGCCCCGCCUCCUCCCGCGGCCUUUUCUACGACCCCUACACUGUGCAAGCCCCGCCCCCUCGCGCGCACCGAGAGCAAUAAGGCACCGCCCCUUCUCGCGGGCCACGCCCCCACCCGCAUGAUUGACAGCCCCCCCUGGCGGCCGGGCCCCGCCCCCUUAAUAAACCACCACUUUGUACCAGA